CGGGAUUAGGCGUUUGAGGCGCCUGAUUUGCCAACUGCGGCUACCCACGAACACCUCGUCGUCGCCGCCCCCAACCAUCCCAUCCACGGCGAUGCCUCUCGCCGGCCACUCCCUACCCCCCUUGCUCCGCCCCCGCCGAUGGCCAUGCUGCUCGAUCGACCGAGCACACGCGGGUGCGUCGGCCGUUGACGGAGUGGCGCAGCGGAUGUAUCCGCCCUCUCCCUGUGCGCUCUCCAAGAACUGCGUCAGGAUUGGAUCCAGCCAUCUCCUCCUUGGCCGCGCGCGCUCAGCUCGCUGGCUACUUACGUUACCAGGAAUUUUAACAGCGGAUCUGAUGCACUACGUGUGCUUUGGUCACCAACAAGUCAUGGGGAAGCAGGUUGCUAUUGGCCUGUCACUGCCUCGUCUUCAGACUCUGGAGUGGGCGGCAUUUUCAGCUUGAAACAAAGGUGAGUGAUCAAUUACGCUGAUUCAGUUGUGCAGCCAUGCAUAUGAUUGAUUGUCUUCCAUCACUGCUCCAAUUACGUUACCUGCACCCCCAAUUUAUCUGCGAGACCAUUGUUUUACUACACCAGUUGCAGAAUUUGUAAUCUUGACCAGUGAUACAAACCACCCCCAUGUGCUAGUGGCAAGCUCGAUGUUCGGGUUAUCGUAAACAAAGGAUCCAUCAAUCGAUGUGUUCCUUAAUUACAACGUCGAUCUGCCCCCAAGUCUUCUCCCAAGUAAAUGUCACUUAACAAUGUGCCCCAAUGUCACGCAACGGAUGGAUCGCCUCUCACUUAAUUUAUGCGAAGGUGCCCGGUCAAGGCACCACCUACUAGCUCCCAUCGUUAGUUAGGACCUAAUUAAUUAACUCAUACGCCUAGCUAAAGUAAGACAUCCCACCCUUCCAAAAAUCAAUUACCAAUUAUGAAAAGUACACUCAACCCCUCUUAAUUAUAAAACCAUACAGUCAACUCUCCCAGCCUUUAGAACCGGUGCACUUCACCCUCCAAGAUUGUUUUGGUAUAACAGUAUCGCCACGGGGAUAGAGGUUUUGCUGAAGUUGCAAUCCAACACCGAAUAUCUCUCUGGGUUAUCUCUUUCUCUCUGCUCUCCAAACUGAUGUUGCACGCCGUGCAGAAGAGCUGUUUAAUUUGCAUAUCCCGGGCGUAGAAAGAGAGCAAGACAAGGAAGAAACACAAGAGGAGGAAGAAUUAAGCCGUUGAAAAUUAUUUUGAACUACAAAUUUAAUGGUAUGAUUAUGCAACGCAUAACCCACAUUUUGAUGAUCAAACCUGGUCAAAGCUGAAUGUAGAGAUUCGCGCGCACCAUGUAAGUAGGGAGGGUAGCACCCUAGGAAAAGAUUCCCUUGCACACGAUUUUUCUUUAACUUGAAUAAAAACAAGAUUGAUGGUGAUGUGGCAUCGUAUGGUUGACUAUAUCAUAUAAACACAAUUUUUUAUUAAAGCAUAAUGUGAUGCCUAGUGUUGACAUCCCAACCAACAUAUGCUCAGAAUGCAGUACCCAACAAUUGCACACAAAAUGAAAUCUAUAUAUGUACACCAGCGCACUCGUUGAUAAGUCACACAGAGCUCACAAAAAGCAAGGUUUCUCCAAAAGCAAUGAAAGGGAGCCUCUGCCAUGAGUUGAAGAGUGACCUCCCGGCAGCCGAGGUGUGGGAGGUCUAUGGAGGCCUCCUUUUGGGCCAGUUGAUCCCUCAAUUGCUUCCCGACGUGCUCUCAAAGUUCGAGGUUGUGGUUGGAGAUGGUGGUGUUGGAACAGUCUUGCGUCUCACCUUUCCUCCUGGAAUCCCUGGACUGGAAUACCAGAAAGAAAAGUUCACCAAGAUUGACAAUGAAAACUUUGUCAAGGAGGCACUGGUAAUAGAAGGAGGUCUCCUCAAUCUCGGAUUUUUGAAGUAUUUCGUACGGUUUGAGAUUGUACGGGAUGCAGAUAACACAUCUACAAUAAUAUCAACUGUGGAAUAUGAAGUUGAGGACGAGCACACAGGCAACGCAGCCUUUGUCACUACCAGCACUUUCGCUCGUAUUGCUGAGGCCAUCACAAAGUACAUCAAGGCGCAGAAGGGCGAUGAGAAAGCCCCAGAGCAAACUUUGUAAGAAGAAAGCAUCCCACCAUACUUUGAAGUCUGUAUAUAUACAUAUAUGUUUAAUGCUACAUUUGAGGAGGUGUUUGUGAGAAAAAAAGGGAUGUGCCAGUCAGGCUUGGGAGGCACAUACUUCUCCGUGGAGAAACUGAAACUGGGGAAUAUGCAAGUCUGUUUUCAA